UUAAACUUCUUCGUUGUUUAAUUAUUGUUUCAGUUCAGUUGCUAUAAAAUAUAUUGUAUGUAUGAUUUGGUGGUGUAAUCUUAGUUUUGUUAUUAUUAACUGUUUAUUUAUUGACUCUGUGAUCCUUGAUGUAUUUUGUAGUUUCUCUCGGUUGUAUUCUUAAAUGCGGGUUGCGAUAUCUAGCAUCUUGCUAUAUGUCGUUUUUAACCUUUUAGCUUGGAUGAAUAAAAGUUUGAUUGUUGUUGUUCAAGAAAAAAAAAUUAUUGACUCUGUGAUGCAUAAUGAUUAUCAAAUUGUCUUUAAAAUAAACUAAUUGUUAUCGAAAUUCGAAAAUCACAUCCUUAUAGUGAUAAUGUUAAAGUUAUGUUUCCAUCCGUUUUUUAAUCACUUAAAAUGUUUUUACUCUUGUUUGUCUUCUCACAGUUUUUUUUUUUUUUUUUGAUUUUUAACUAAUGAAAAAAUGAUUAAGAUGAAUAUUUAGGUUUUUGUGUUUUUGAUUGUUUGGUUAAUUUCAUUAUUAGUUUAAGUCAAUAAUGCUAACACUUAAUUUCAAGGGAAUAAAUAAAAUAAUAAAAGGUAAUAUUCAUUUAACUUGCACCAUUCCUCCCUCUUCAUAAGUCAUAUCUAGCUUUGGCUCCACUCUACAUAAACAACCAUUGCCCAUUCAUUAAUGGAAGCUGUAUAUUGAUAUUUAUAUAAUAUCAAUUUGAAACAUAUGUUGGCAUCAAGGGUUGUAUUACAUGUUUUAUGGGUUGUACUUAACAUAUAUUGGCAUCAAGGGUUGUACCAUAAGUUUGAUGAGUUGUACUUUUAUUUUUGUUCUUUUAUCUUUAAAAUGCAAAACAUAUAAAGUGAUUGGUUACAAUCACUUUUAACCCAUAAAAAAUUUUUGUAUUAUGUUUUGGUCAAAUUUAAUUUUGCGAGUUAACAUGCUACAACGUGCGUGUAUGAUUCAAUGUUUUUACGCGUAGUUUUCCUAUACAAAAAGCCGUCACAACGCGUGAUUCUAGAACAACUUAGUUAUUGUUUUCUAUGUUUUACAUUUAGAGUGAUUGGUUCAACAUUGUUUCAUCGUCUACUUUUCGUUUGGUUUUAUAUUUCAUUUUUUAUUUCAUUUUUUACACGAACCUUUUUGGUGUUGAUCGUCGUUCACGGUGAUAUAAUAUUGGAGCUACUUAGCACGGUUUUACGCCUCCACCACAACAUGGGGGUAUAUAAUUUGCAACAUAUUUAUGCAUUAUGAUUUGUCACAUAAUUCUUAGUGGGUUGUAUCAACUAAAGAAAAAUUUGUAUUUCAUUUAAAUACUAUAAAUAACUUUGUGAGUUAACACGGCGCAACGUGCGUGUGUGGUUAAUCGAUUUUACGUCGUUUAUUUUUUCCGUUUGACAGGUUGAUCGUAACGCUCGGAUCCUAGACCGACUUAUUUAUUUUUUUAUAUGUUUUACGUUUUGUUUUAAUUUAUUCGUAUUAACACGCUGCAACUUCAUUGUUGGUGGUCGCUGAUAGUAGUGUGGCAUUGGCGUUCGUCCCCGCCGCAACGCGGGGGUCGUUAAUACUAGUUGUAUUUGUAUUGCAUCCUGUUAAAGUUGUUUUUUCGAUGUUCACACACUUUUUUUAUUGCAUCGUGUUCACACUUUUUUUUUCAGUUCGGAAACUUGUAAAAAGCAUUAUCAACAUAGAUUUUCUAGCCCUCAUUGUUGGAAUUGGUGGUCUCGGAAUUAUGAAAGAUUGCCCAGUUACUCUCAACCGAUAGCAUACGCAGAGGAAUGCCUAAGGGGCUAAACUGCGCCACAGAUGUUUAAGUCACUCGUCAUCUCUCACACCCGUACCUGUUUCAAAACAAUCAUCCCAUUUUGCCCCAAACAUUACUCUACACAAACACAUACAUUUGACAACUUCCACAACCCAAAAGUUUCAAAACCCUUGACCACUUUUGUCAAAAGAACAUUCUCCCACAUAUACCAACAAUGUUCAUAUCAAAAGACCCUCGAUCAAGGAAAACAAGCACAUGCUCACAUGAUUGCAUCCGGGUUUGUACCCACUAUCUUCGUGACAAAUUGUUUGAUCCAAAUGUACAUCAAAUGUUCGAAUAUGUAUUAUGCCCACAAGGUUUUCGACGAAAUGCCUCAAAGAGACACAAUUUCUUGGAACGCUAUGGUUUUCGGGUAUGCCGGGAUUGGAAACAUGGGUAUUGCUCAGAACAUGUUUGAUUCAAUGCCUGAGAGAGAUGUGGUUUCGUGGAACUCUUUGAUUUCAGGAUACUUACAGAACGGUAAUUGUGCGGAAUCGGUUGAUAUUUUUACGCGAAUCCUAAGAGAGGGUGCGGCGUUGGAUGCCACCACAUUUGCUGUGGUUUUGAAGGCAUGUUUAGGUUUGGAGGAUUAUGGUUUAGGGGUUCAAGUUCACGGACUUCUUAUUCAAACUGGGUUUGUUUACGAUGUGGUGGCAGGGAGCGCAACGGUUGAUAUGUACGCAAAAUGCAAGAAACUGAAGGAAUCAAUAACCUUUUUCAAUGAAAUGCCUGUGAAGAAUUGGGUGUCAUGGAGCGCGUUGAUCGCUGGUUGCGUACAAAAUGAUGAGCUUUUAUGCGGUUUGGAACUAUUCAAAAAUAUGCAAAAAGAAGGGUUAGGAGUUAGCCAAUCAACAUACGCUAGUCUUUUUCGGUCAUGUGCAGGCUUGACCGCACUAAAUUUCGGGUCUCAAUUACACGGUCAUUCUCUAAAGAUGAAUUUCGGUUCUGAUUUGAUAGUAGGAACCGCAACUUUGGAUAUGUACGCGAAAUGUGACAGGUUAAGCGACGCAAAAAAACUGUUUCGCACGUUAUCAGUUCGUAAUCGACAGUCAUACAACGCGAUUAUUAUAGGUUGCACGCGUGUUGGUGAAGCUUUUGAAGCAUUGCAGCUGUUUCGUAAUCUAAUGUGCACCGAUCUUGGUUUUGAUGAGAUUAGUUUAUCAGGUGCGUUUAGCGCGUGUGCGGUGAUUAAAGCGUAUACCUUUGGGGUGGGAUUACACGGGUUGACAAUCAAGAGUAUGUUGCAGUCCAACGUGUGCGUUGAAAAUGCCAUGCUUGAUAUGUACGGAAAAUGUGGAGCUCUGACGGAAGCACGCCGCGUGUUUGACGACAUGCGGAUAAGAGAUGCGGUUUCUUGGAAUGCGAUUAUUGCUGCUUAUGAGCAAAACGGUAACGUAGAUGAAACACUUGAACUUCUUGUUUCGAUGCUGGGUUCGGGUCUAGAACCCGACGAGUUCACUUUCGGUAGUGUGUUAAAAGCGUGUGCGGGUCUGAAAGCUUUAAACUACGGAACGGAAAUUCACGGUAGAAUAGUUAAAUCGGGGAUGGGUUUGGAAUCUUUUGUCGGAAGCGCGCUUGUAGAUAUGUAUUGCAAAUGCGCGAGAAUCGAAGAUGCCGAAAAGCUUCAUGAACGAAUGUCGGAACAAACAAUGGUGGCAUGGAAUGCGAUCAUUUCGGGAUUCUCGGAUCAAGAACAAAGUGAAGAAGCGCAAAAAUUCUUUUCCCGGAUGUUACAAUCCGGAACAAAACCCGACAACUUCACAUUUGCAACGGUUCUUGACACGUGUGCGAAUCUCGCAACCAUCAGUUUAGGAAGACAGAUACACGGUCAAAUCAUUAAACAAGAAAUGCAAACCGAUGUGUUCAUUUGCAGCACACUUGUUGAUAUGUAUUCAAAGUGCGGCAACAUGCACGAUUCACGAUUAAUGUUUGACAAGUCAACUAAUAAAGAUUUCGUCACAUGGAACGCGAUGAUUUGCGGAUACGCUAACCACGGACAUGCAAACGAUGCGAUAAGUAUUUUCGAGUCCAUGAAACUAAACAAUGUGAAACCGAACCAUGCGACUUUUGUGUCGGUCCUAAGAGCGUGUGCGCAUAUGGGCCAAGUGGAAAGAGGGUUAGAAUACUUCAACUCGAUGUGGAACAAUUACAAGCUAAACCCUCAAUUAGAACAUUACUCGUGCAUGGUGGAUAUAUUAGGCCGGUCGGGUCAAGUCAACAAGGCGUUAAAUCUUAUUAACGACAUGGCGAUCGAACCCGAUGAUGUUAUAUGGAGAACCUUACUUGGUAUAUGCAAGUUACAGAAGAAUGUGGAGGUGGCUGAGACGGCUGCAAGUCGGCUUAUUCAGCUGGACCCACAAGAUUCAAGCACGUAUGUACUGUUGGCGAAUAUUUACGCUGAUGCAGGGAUGUGGGAAAAGGUCUCGAAGAUUAGAAAGAGUAUGAGACGUGUUGGGUUGAAGAAAGAACCCGGUUGCAGCUGGAUUGAGGUGAAAUCCGAGCUGCAUAUGUUUGUUAUUGCGGAUAAAGCGCACCCGAGAUGCAACGAGAUUUAUGACAAGUUGGACGAGUUAGUUGGUGAGAUGACAUGGUCUCGAUGUGUGAAUGAUGCCGAGGGACCAGAAGAUGAACGUGCGGCUUGUUUCACGAGUUAUGCGUAGCGUGUCUUACGAAUGAGUCGAUAUGCGUAAUUUUUUUAGACGAAAUGCAAAAUUUUGAUUUACAUACAUGUAAGAGUUAAUUGCCAUUUUCGCCCCUGAGGUUUGAGCACAUUUGCCAUUUUCGUCCAAAAUGACAGUUUGGUACCAUUUUGCCCCUCACGUUUGGCCAUUUUUGGCAUUUUCAUCCAAAUCUCUAACCUAGUUAAAAAGUUCUGUUAAAUGAGAAUUUUUUUAAUUUAA